AUGGCUGGCAUUAUUGGAAAUAUCGGACAGUUUGACGAAAAUGUGGAACAAUGGAUCUCAUACACGGAGCGAUUUGAAUACUUCCUGCAGGCAAAUGCCAUUGAGGGUGAGAAGAUUGUGCCGACGUUCCUCAGUGUGAUGGGCGCAAAGACUUUCACUUUGCUACGGAGUCUCGUACAGCCUAGGAAACCAGGUGAGAGCACUUAUGCUGAGAUUGUGGCAGUGUUGAGCGCACAUUUUUCACCUAAACCGCUGGUGAUAGCGGAACGAUUUCGGUUUCACAAGAGAAAUCAGGAAGAGGGAGAAACUGUUACUAUGUUUGUUGCUGCACUGAAGAAACUUUCUGAACACUGUGAAUUCGGCGAUGUUUUGAAUGAUACUCUCAGGGACAGGCUCGUUUGUGGAUUAAGAAGCGAAGCCAUUCAAAAAAGGCUGUUAAGUGAAAGUAAUCUCACGUUGCAAAAAGCCACUGAAAUAAGUGUAGGCAUGGAACUUGCUGCUAAAGAAGCACAGCAUUUCAGUAGCUCAGAUAAAGUUUAUAAGUUGUCUGCUGACAUGAGCACAUUCCAGAAGUCCCCUGGCAAAUCAAAUUGCAAGUACAAAGAAGACACUGAUUCCUCCUCAGAGGAAGUUCCUUUGAACAUUCUAGCCAUAGAAGGAGACUCCAAAGGCUAUUGGGUGUCACCUAUCAUUGAGGGAGAGCCAGUGCGUAUGGAGAUAGACACGGGGGCAGCUGUUUCUAUUGUAUCAGAUGCUGUGUACCACAAAACCCUAAAACAUGUCUACUUAAAGCCAUCCAAGAUUGUGUUGAAAACGUAUACGGGGGAGCCUGUGACUAUAAAAGGAGUAAUGGAUGUGGAAGUGGAAUUAAAUGGUCAAUCAGCAACGCUGCCUCUGUAUGUGGUAAAAGGGAAAUACCCAGCGUUGCUUGGACGACAAUGGAUGGAAAAAAUUAAAUUGGACUGGCUGACGGUGCGGAUGGUGUCAAGGGAAAACACAGAGCUCAGGGGUGUUCUAGAAAAACAUACUGAUGUUUUCAAGGAUGAACUGGGCACGAUGAAAGACAUUACAGCCAAGCUCGACAUUAAGCCUGAUGGUAAGGCCAAGUGUUGUAAAGCCCGUCCGGUGCCCUAUGCUAUAAGAUCAAAAGUCGAGACCGCUCUGGAAGACCUGGUAACCAGUGGGGUCAUUGUACCAGUGAGUAACAGUGAGUGGGCAACGCCUAUAGUACCCGUGCUUAAAAAGGAUGGUUCCAUUCGGAUUUGUGGUGAUUUUAAAAUCACAGUAAACCCUAUACUGUCACCUGACCAGUAUCCACUUCCUCUCAUUGAUGAUCUGUUUGCUGGCUUGGCAGGGGGAAAGCGGUUCAGCAAACUUGAUUUGAGUCAAGCCUACCUACAAAUGAAAGUCGAUGAGAACUCUAGGGAGUUGCUGACAAUUGUUACACACAAGGGGCUUUUCAGAUACCAGCGUCUUCCUUUUGGCAUCACAUCGGCCCCUUCGCUUUUCCAGAGGGCCAUGGACCAGGUGUUAAGUGGCCUGUCGGGGGUGCAGUGCUACUUAGAUGACAUAUUGGUAACAGGAAAAACCGAAGCGGAACAUCUGAGUAAUCUGGAUGGGACACUCCAGCGCCUAAAAGAAUAUGGUUUAAGAGUGAGAAAAGACAAAUGUGAGUUUUUCAAGCAGUCAGUUGAAUAUCUGGGUCAUGUGAUUGAUGCUGAUGGACUGCACAAGGCACCUUCAAAAGUAAGAGCUGUACUAGAGGCUCCAGCACCACAGAACACCAGUCAGCUCCGCUCGUUCAUAGGCCUUCUAAAUUACUAUGGAAGAUUCGUCAAUGGAUUGGCCACAUUGUUGAAACCAUUGCACCAACUUCUGUGUCGUAACCAGUCGUGGAAAUGGACACAGCAGUGUGAGACCACUUUUCAAGAAGCUAAGAAAGCUCUGGUGAAGUCCGGUGUGCUAACCCAUUUUAAUCCAAAGCUUCCCCUGCAGUUAGCCUGUGAUGCAUCACCGUAUGGGGUGGGAGCAGUGAUUUCCCACAUCAUGCCUUCAGGAGAGGAAAGGCCAAUAGCAUUUGCCUCACGCACGCUGAACAAAGCAGAGAGUAAAUAUGCGCAAAUUGAGCGAGAGGCUUUGGGAAUCAUUUUUGGUGUUCGGAAAUUCCACCAGUAUCUGUAUGGCAGGCAGUUUAUACUGCUAACUGAUCACCGGCCUUUAACCACUAUUCUUGGGCCACACACAGGUAUUCCCUCUCUGGCAGCAAGCCGAAUGCAGAGAUGGGCACUGCUGUUAUCAGCACACACAUAUGAAAUAAGGUAUAGGAAGGCAGAGCAACACGGAAACGCAGAUGGUUUAUCAAGACUACCAUUACCUGUGACAUGUCCUGAGAGCAAGCAGAAAGAUAUUUUCUAUUUUGAGCAAGUUACAGUGGCUCCAGUGACCUCUACGCAGGUGAGAAGAUCAACACGGAAGGAUCCAAUUCUGUCUGCAGUCAUGGAGAUGGUAAAAGAUGGACACGUGCCUAAGGACACCAUAAAUUUGAAGCCGUACCUGUCUAGGAAGAAUGAACUCUCAUUUCAUUCAGGAUGUCUUCUCUGGGGACAAAGAGUCAUCAUUCCACCCUCGUUGAGAAAACCAGUCCUCCAGCAGCUCCAUGUGGGCCAUUGUGGUAUUGUGCGAAUGAAGGAAAUAGCUCGGAGUUAUUUUUGGUGGCCUGGUCUGGAGGGGGACAUUGAAGGAAAAGCAAAGUCAUGUCCGUCCUGCCAGCAAGUGAGAAAUGACCCUCAAUUGGCUCCAUUACACCCGUGGGACUGGCCAGAAACUCCUUGGCAGCGUGUGCAUGUGGAUUUUGCUGGUCCAAUCGAAGGGAAGAUGUUGUUAAUAGCAGUGGAUGCCCAUAGCAAGUGGCCCGGAACAGCUCGUCAGUGA